AUGGAUAUCUUCCCGGCCAUCGUUCAGCUACGCACCAUGUCCUGGGUCCCAUGGGCCCUGUCUAGUGCCAUGGCCUUCAUCGCUGUCACUGGGGUACUCUUCGCUACUACUACUACAUCAGGGAAGGAGAGCCCUGAGCCUCUCGCUGUGAGACGAAGUGCUCGCUUGAGGGAACGCAAGGACCUCAGUGGAGGUGAUGCUGCCCUUGAGGAGGUCCAAGCCGAUCCCAGAGCCAGAAGGACAGCGAUCAACUACUUGAUAGUGACCAUGUCCAUUGCUAUCUUCAUGAUGGCUGACGUCUUGGUCCCCAUUCAAAACCAGCGUUAA